AUGUCACAGCGUCAGGUUUUUGUUUCGGGAACUUUUUAUUUACCGGCGAGAGCUGUUGUGCGAGAAUUAUACAAACGUCUCGGAGACACUGUAUCAAAGGUGCGACUCGGAACCCAUAUAGGGCAAAUGCCUUUGGACUUGGCGCGAGGCGGCAAGAUAUGUCGAAUAGACCCGGCAAAUAUAGAGAAUGUAAGGAACGCUUUGGAGGAUGUGGAAGCAGCCUUCCUAUGGCAGGCGCCAAAUGAACCCGACCAUUUGUUGAGGGACUUUAUUGAUGUAGCAGAAGAGAAGGGUGUGAAGAACCUUGUUAUUUUAUCAUCGUAUCAUUCUCACCCUAAUUCAGGUCAAGAGAUAGAAGCAUACGUAUCAUCCAAAUCUAUUGCUCAGUACACGUUGCUUCGUGUACCAUUUUUCACGCAUCAUUUCGACAUUUAUAAAAACACCAUUAUCAACGACAAGAUUCUACCAUUGCCGAUUGGUACGGAAGGCAGCUUCGCGCCAUUAGAUGACCGAGAUUUUGCAGAAGUGGUUGCUACUCUCCUGGUUUCACCAAAUGACAAUCCGCAUCAUCAGGCAACAUAUACGCUGACGGGCCCCAGACUUUACACAGGUCCAGAGUUGGCAGUUCGAUUAUCCGUAAUUAUAAAUGACCAUGUGACAUUCCUGGGGACGUCUUUAAAUGAGGCCGACAAGUAUUUGAGUAACAUUCUCCCUCAAGAAGACGAACAAAGUAGACAGCGUCAUUUGGAGUUGUAUCGUGCAAUACGAGAGGGUGAAUGUCAGGUGAGGACUGAAGACGUCACACGGAUAUUAGGCGACGAGAAGGUACCGCGGGAUAUCGAAAUAUACUUUGGUGAUAUAAUAGUAAAGAUAAUAAGAGGAUAUUGA